AACAAUGAUAGCUACAGACAUUGUACCCGUCGGUGGAGGUUCCUUGAUGCUUGAUCAUGAAUGGAAUCUGAAUUCCUUCCAUUCCCUCAGGCGCUGGAUGACCCAUACGGGUUAAGCGCUUCCCCAUUACUGCAAUAAUAAUAGACAUUGGUCAUAUGCCAAGUUACAAUCGACAUCAUAAAUAGCUGCUCAGACACACAAUAAACAAGAUGAGCAGAAUUAACAUUGAUGAGCCAAGGUGGGACCAGAACACUUACGUGGGCCGUGCCAAGCAUUUUUUCACCAUUACCAAUCCUCUUAACCUUUUGUGUACACCAACUGAAUUAGAGAGAGCCAAAAGUGUUGUAACCAGCUACAGGAAAGGUGAGGCAUUAAAUUUAUCUGAAGAUGAUAUAUGGAAGGCCAAAAGUAUAUAUGACUCAGCAUUCCACCCUGACACUGGAGAAAAGAUGAUGCUCAUUGGCCGUAUGUCCGCACAAGUUCCCAUGAACAUGACUAUCACGGGUUGUAUGUUAACCUUCUACAAGACAACUCCAGCAGUUGUUUUCUGGCAGUGGAUCAACCAGUCGUUCAAUGCUAUUGUCAAUUACACUAAUCGUUCGGGAGAUUCACCUAUUAGUGUCAAGCAGCUUGGGACAUCGUAUGUACUAGCAACUGGUGGAGCUUUAGUUACAGCCCUUGGACUCAAUAGUUUAGUUAAGAGUAUGCCACCUUUGAUUGGACGGCUAGUACCCUUUUCAGCUGUAGCAGCUGCCAAUUGUGUUAACAUUCCAUUGAUGAGAAUGAAAGAGUGGCGUGAAAUGGGUGUGGUACUUCUGGACCAAGAUAACAACAUAAUGGGCAAUAGUAAGAAGGCAGCACGACAGGGGGUAGCCAUGGUGACCCUCUCUCGCAUCCUCAUGGCAGUACCCAGCUGUGUACUGCCGCCGAUUGUCAUGAAUAUUCUUGAGAAGCGUGGUACUUUGCGCCGCAUGCCAUGGAUAUCUGCCCCAUUACAAGUAAUUAUGUGUGGUGUGUGCCUCACAUUUGCCACUCCAGCUUGCUGUGCACUCUUCCCUCAAAAGUCUUCCAUUGCAGUGUCUAGCCUGGAGCCAGAAGUACAGGACAAGAUUCGUCAGCUGCCCAAUGCUCCUGAGACAGUAUAUUACAAUAAAGGACUGUAGAUACUACUGUAUAUUCUUCAAAUGACAAGAUCUUUAGUGCAAGAUUAAUGUUUCACCAUACACAUUGUACAUUUUUUUUACAGGUGAACAAAUGGGUUCAUUUUAGUUUUUCCCUAACCUAAGAAUUUUUUUUCUAUGUCUACCUAUUAAAAAUUGCAAAGUACAUAUCUAACAGUCUGUUAAAUGGAAAAUAAUCAGCGAGGAUAAUGAUAAUGAAAGGACAGCUUUAUAUUGCAAAUGUGAAGUUAAGAUGAAAUUGUUCUCUGAAGAAAAGUUGACAUAUCUAAUAAAUAGUUGACAGAAAACA